CAAAGACAAGCAACGAACGUAACGAUAUGUCAAUAAAAGAAGCAUUGCUGGUGGUACUUUUAUUGUUAUUCGGUUUCAUAACGCUAAUCCUACUGCAAAGAUCCACUGAUAUGGAGUCUGAGGCACACAGACACUCUGCCCAGGAUAUUUUAUUAGGAGGAUGGUCAGAACGUGAUCCAGAAGACAAUGAAAUACAGGAAUUGUUGUCAAAUGUCUUAAAUAAAGUAAAUCAACAGUCAAACGAUGAGUACCAUUUGAUGCCGAUCAAAGUGGUGAAAGUUUCAUCGCAAGUUGUCUCCGGUAUGAGAUACAAGAUGGAUGUACAGGUUGCUCGGUCGGAAUGUAAAAAAAGUUCAAGUGAGCAAGUUAACCUGAAAACGUGUAAGAGAUUGGAGGGGCAUCCGGAUCAGAUUAUGACAUUGGACAUAUGGGAGAAACCAUGGGAGAAUUUCCUACAAGUUAAAAUCCUCGAAACAAAAGUGCUGUCGUCAAUGUGAUUCUCUCUGUGAUUCUUUUUGUCAGUUCCAUUUCAUAAUAUUAUUCUCAAUUCUUUGCUUCUAUUGUUCGGUGCCUAAGAACGUUUAUAACUGCA